GCAUAUUCCAGAUCCUGUCGAGCAGAUCAAUCGUCGGCGGCGCCCUACAUCGCACCGGACUGACUGGGCCGUAGUCCGUGCGGACUACAUAGGCAGGUGGGUUCAGAGGUGGGAUUGCAUACAGGAUACGAGGCCCACAGCUGUUGACUAUACCACGUAUAUGCGUUGGUAUUGGGGUAUCACACGUAGAUGGAUCACGCGUGACCCACAGCCUUUAGCUGGACACAUGCCACGCCCACCGACAGAUAGUUACAUCCCUAGUGGGAUGAACGAGAGAGAUUACGUCCGUGUUUUAGAUAGCAUUGAUGCUGAUAUUGAUGCGCACGUGACUGAGAUUCAGGAUCAGGUGGCGUUAGGGCUCAUCAGCAGGAUCAAGAAGAGCAUAGCGCAGGUGUUUCAUAAGACUCACGUCGACGAGUUCGCAGGUCGUGAGGACAGGUCUCGCUCAUUUGGGCAGGCGUACGCUCGACGUCGACAGCCACGUGAUGAUGACGCCGACACUUCGCAUGCCGAUGGAGCCGACACUUCGCAUGCCGAUGACGCCGGCAUCAUCUCUGAAGGCAAGGAAACACAUGGAAUAAAAGGAUUCCUGCACAAACCCCUUGAAAUUUUCGAGGCAAGUUCAUUUCAGAAGUUGAAUUUGAGAAAGCUGUCCCUAUAUACUAUUGCUAAACAUUCAGUUAAAGCGGCGUCGUGA